GCAACUGUUCCAGACCGUAUGCACAUACUAGAUCUUGGGUUAUAUAAUUACCAAAUGGAAUUCACUUUAAAGAUUUUAAAAGAAAACUUUGGUGUAGAUAUGACAAGUGAAAUUGACAAGCGAUUAAAAAAAAUACCAAGGUUUAUUGAUAUAAAAUUUUUUAAGAAUGAUUUACAGUCUACAUCAAGAUUUACUGCCACAGAAAAACUCUUUGCAGUUUUAACAGAUGAGAAUCUUUGUUAUGGUCAAAUAUUAUCAUUAUGUGAAAUUGCUUUCACUAGUGAUGAUUUGACAUUACAAUUGGCAUUAGUGAGAUGGUAUGAUUUUAUACCAGAACAACCAUUUCUUUAUGAAUGUCCACAUUUAAAGCUUACAAAUUUAUAUGAUUUUAUUUUUGCAGAAUCAAUAAAUAAUUCUAAAAAAACACAAAAAGAAUUGGAAAAAAUAAAUGGUGAAAUGAAAGGUAAAUUGAAUAUUAGUGAAAAUAAAGAAAAAGAAUUAAACCAAAAAGUGGAAGUUUUAGAAGCAGAGAAUGCUAUUUAUGAGGAUGCAAAUUCCAUAAUUAAAGAAGUUUAUGAAAGAGUAGCAAAAGAAAAUGAACAACUACAAAAUUAA